AUGAAUGAUUUGGAGGAAGAGGAGGACGGAGCAGAGUCUCUGAUAUCCAGCUGUCUGUCUAUGAAGAGUGACCGGUCUAAAGAUUUUCCUCUAUUCUUCAGUAAUGAACCUGGACCCUCAGACACAAAAGAGAGGAAGAGGAGGGGUGUUUCUGUGGAGGAGCAGCUGUCCUGCUGUUCUUUGUGUCAGGACGUCCUGAAGGAUCCAGUCUCUACCAGCUGUGGACACUGGUUCUGCAGACAGUGCAUCACCUCAUACUGGGACCAGUCUGCUCCAUCAGGAGACUCCUCCUGUCCCCAGUGUGGAGAAAGAUCCAGAACAAGACCUGGACUGCAGACAGACAGUCAGACCAGCACUGUACAAACAGAAAGUGGUCUGCAGGAGGUUUUAGAUGAACAUAAGAUCAGUUUGAGGAGGAGAUGUGAAUGUGUGACUGAAGGAACUGAUGAAGCAGGAAGUGAAACCCUCCUCAACAGGAUCUACACUGAGCUCUACAUCACAGAGGGACAGAGUGAAGACGUUAAUACCCAACAUGAGGUGAGGCAGCUUGAAGCAGCUUCCAAGAUGGAGACCCUCCAUGACACUCCAAUCAGGUGUCAUGACAUCUUUAAAGUCUUACCUGACCAACAGAAAGACAUCAGAGUCGUUCUGACCAACGGCGUCGCUGGCGUUGGAAAAACCUUCUCAGUGCAGAAGUUCACUCUGGACUGGGCAGAGGGCUCGGAAAACCAAGAUGUCAGUCUGGUGAUUCCGCUUUCGUACAGGGAGCUGAACUUGAUCAAAGAUGAGCAGUACAGUCUCCUCAUGCUGAUCCAUGAUUUCCAUCCAACAUUACAGAAGGUCACAGCAGAGAAGCUCGCUGUCUGGAAAGUUUUGUUCAUCUUUGACGGCCUGGAUGAAAGCAGACUUUCACUGGAUUUCAACAACAGGAAGGUCGUGUCUGAUGUCACACAGAAGUCAUCAGUCAACAUGCUGUUGACAAACCUCAUCGCGGGGAAGCUACUUCCCUCGGCUCUCGUCUGGAUAACUUCCCGACCUGCAGCAGCCAAUCAGAUCCCUCCUACAUGUGUUGACAGGGUAACAGAAGUACGAGGCUUCACUGACGCCCAGAAGGAGGAGUACUUCAGGAGGAGAUUCAGUGAUGAAGAGCUGUCCAGCACAUCACACAUCAAGACAUCCAGGAGCCUCCACAUCAUAUGUCUCAUCCCAGUCUUCUGCUGGAUCACUGCUACAGUUCUGGAGCACAUGUUGACUACAGACCAGAGGGGAGAGCUGCCCAAGUCCCUGACUGACAUGUACUCACACUUCCUGCUGGUUCAGACAAAGAGGAAGAAGCACAAGUAUGAUGAAGGACAUGAGACGAGUCCACAGGAGCUGACAGAGGCUGACAGGGAAGUUCUUCUGAAGCUGGGGAGGCUGGCGUUUGAACAACUGGAGAAAGGAAACAUCAUGUUCUACCAAGAGGACCUGAAGAAGUGUGGUCUUGAUGUCACAGAGGCCCUGGUGUUAUCAGGAGUUUGUACAGAGAUCUUCAAAAGAGAGAGUGUGAUCUUCCAGAAAACAGUCUACUGCUUUGUUCAUCUGAGUGUUCAGGAGUUUCUGGCUGCAGUCUACAUGUACCACUGUUACACCAGCAGGAACACAAAGGUACUGAAGGACUUCCUGGGAAAGAAAUACAUUUACUCAUCUCUGGAUAACUUCCUGAAGAGAGCCAUGAAGAAAUCUCUCAGAAGUGAAAAUGGCCAUCUGGACCUGUUUGUGCGCUUCCUUCAUGGCCUCUCUCUGGAGUCCAACCAGAGUCUCUUAGGAGGCCUGCUGGGUCAGACAGAGAACAGUCCAGAAAUCAUCCAGAGAGCCAUCAACAACCUGAAGGCGAUGAACACCCAAAGAAUCUCUCCUGACAGAAGCAUCAACAUCUUCCACUGUCUGAUGGAGAUGAACGACCGCUCAGUACAUCAGGAGAUCCAAGAGUUCCUGAAGUCAAAGAACAGAUCAGAGAAGAAACUCUCUGUGAUCCACUGCUCAGCUCUGGCCUACAUGCUGCAGAUGUCAGAGGAGGUUCUGGAUGAGUUGGACCUGAAGAAGUACAACACAUCACGGGAGGGAAAACUGAGACUGAUCCCAGCUGUGAGGAACUGCAGAAAGGCUCGACUUGCUAAUUGUGGACUCUCAGAGACUCACUGUGAAGUUGUGGCUUCAGCUCUGAAGUCCAACCCCUCCCAUCUCAGAGAGCUUGAUCUGAGCCGGAACAGUCUGUCCAAAUCAGCAGUGAAGCAUCUGUCUGGUGGACUGGAGAGUCCAAACUGUAGACUGGAGACUCUGAGAGUGAGGAGCUGCGAUUUGUCAGAGAUCAACUGUGCUUCUCUGGUCUCAGCUCUGAAGUCCAACCCCUCCCACCUGAGAGAGCUGGAUCUGGGAGGAAACAAAAACAUGCAGGGUUCAGGAUUGAAUCUGCUGUGUGAUUUUCUGGAGAGUCCACACUGUAGACUGGAGACUCUGAUAUUGGGGUGGUGCAAUUUGUCAAAGAUCAGCUGUGAUUCUCUGGCCUCAGCUCUGAAGUCCAACCCCUCAUCCCAUCUGAGAGAUCUGCAUCUGAGAGGAAACUACCUGCAGAGCGAAGACGUGAAGCAGCUGUCUGAUCUUCAGGAGAGUCCAGACUGUAGACUGGAGACUCUGAGACUUGUUGGAUGUGGACUCUCAGAGACUCACUGUGAAGUUGUGGCUUCAGCUCUGAAGUCCAACCCCUCCCAUCUCAGAGAGCUGGACUUGACUGACAACAGGCUGUCUGUCUCAGCAGUGAAGCAUCUGUCUGCUGGACUGGAGAGUCCAAACUGUAGAGUGGAGACUCUGAGACUUGAUGGAUGUGGACUCUCCAAGACUAACUGUGAAGUUGUGACUUCAGCUCUGAAGUCCAACCCCUCCCAUCUCAGAGAGCUUGAUCUGAGUUACAACAGUCUGUCUGUCUCAGCAGUGAAGCAUCUGUCUGCUGGACUGGAGAGUCCAAACUGUAGACUGGAGACUCUGAGACUUGAUGGAUGUGAACUCUCAGAGACUCACUGUGAAGUUGUGGCUUCAGCUCUGAAGUCCAACCCCUCCCAUCUCAGAGAGCUGAACUUGAGCUCGAACAGGCUGUCUGUCUCAGCAAUGAAGCAUCUGUCUGCUGGACUGGAGAGUCCAAACUGUAGACUGGAGACUCUGAGAUUUCGUGCCUGUGGACUCUCAGAGACUCACUGUGAAGUUGUGGCUUCAGCUCUGAAGUCCAACCCCUCCCAUCUCAGAGAGCUGGAUGUGAGCUACAACAGUCUGUAUGAUUUAGCAGUGACACAUCUGUCUGCUGGACUGGAGAGUCCAAACUGUAGAGUGGAGACUCUAAGAUUGUGGGACUGCAGUUUAUCAGGGAUCAGCUGUGAUUCUCUGGCCUCAGCUCUGAAGUCCAACCCCUCAUCCCAUCUGAGAGAGCUGCAUCUGGGAGGAAACUACCUGAGAAGUUCAGAUGUGAAGCUGCUGUCUGAUCUUGAGGAGAGUCCAGACUGUAGACUGGAGACUCUGAGAUGGAAGUGAUGAUCUCUGUCAGAGUGUGAGUGAACAUCCAGGAGUGAGUGUUAAGAGAGGAUCAGCUGGAUCCUGAUGAUCCAUUUGGACCGGAGUCUGGAUCUGGAUUUUGUCAUCUUCACUUAAGUCUCUUAACUGACUACAAACUGAACAUUUAUCUCUGGAUUUUGUUGAAUCAGCAAUUUACAGCUGUGUUAUACAUGAGCUGUUUGAUGCAGAAAAGAUGAAAAACAGGUGUUAUCAGUCAGACUCUGACCCUGGGCCCAUAUUUAUCAAGCAUCUCAGAAUCACACUGAGAGUUAACGAGGACUAAAACUAAUUAAUGAAGCAGAAGAGAAUUUACUGUGACUGUCAGCAGGAGAAGGAUUACUCCUGGGAGAGAGUGAGA